AGAAAUUUUGUUUCUUCAUCCGUGAACACUUCCCUCACACUCUCGAUGUGUUAAUGCUUUUUGUCGUCAAAUGUCAAUAAGAUUGGAAUAAAAACGCCAAUCCGGUCUUCUUAAUCAUGGAGGAUUUCUGAAAUGAAAUUUGGAAACGCCGCGCAACAUUCUCAAUAAAAGCAUUGACAAAAAAGGGGUUAACUGCAUUCUUUGAAUGUAGUGACUGCAUUUGGGAUCGAAAACCGAUAUUUAACCCAUUGGAAUAACUUUAAUGGCUUCCGAAGACGUGUUAUCCGAAUUAUCCCUAUCCAAAGCAACGGUUUUGUUGGCGAAAAGAGAGUAACUGUUUCUACUAACAGGAAGCCAUUCCAACAGAGUCUAAAGGUAGCGCCAUGGUUCAGCGAAAAAUAACUCAAUUUCCUGUCGGUUCACAUUAGGCACUUUGUAGAUAAUCAGCCCGAAGAACAAAGAAUGGUAAAAGACUAACUGUCAAAUAGAGGGCCUUGUCCGUAGAAGUUUAGCGCUACAAAGGAAAAGAAUAUUGUGAAAGCUGACGGGGCGAGCGCGAGCUAGACAAAUUUGAUUUAUAAAGCGGGGGAAGUUAACUGCAACUCCCCACGUGCAGUAUAACACAAACCAUCUGAAUGCGCGUUACCGAAACUGCAGCAACGAGAAUGGCGGAGCAUUGGCAUAUCAGAAGUCAACUCAAACUGCGUCUUUGAGUAGCGUGGAAAUAAGUUGUCAACAUGGUAGUGCUAAAACCUAAAAGUAGCAGCUUCAAUUCCUUGUGGUGUAUCGUGUACUGUGUCAUUGCCGUGGGAGUGCAGUGUUUUAUUUCCUACAGGAACAUUUCCGAUUAUCAGGAAUCUCUCCGGAACCAGUGGAAUCGUGACACUCCGUCAGGGGUCGGGGUAAAACUAGGACUAACUAUUGUGUCUUUCAUUAUCCUUCCGUUUUUCAUUUUAUCCUCUGUGUUUAGGACGGGUAACUAUGGAAAUGACGGGUUUAAACUUGGCCGGGAUCAUGCCAUCUGUCCGGCCUCUGUGGGUAUAUUGGAACACAUAGGGUCUGAUUUGGGGCGUCGUCUGUGGAAAUACGCCCCACCCUUCUCUCCGACCCUACACGUGUUAUCAGCAUUUUGUCUUCUGUUUCCUGACGUUUUGAUAACAGCAAAGGAAAUCCAACUCUAUAUUCAAUCAACAGAGUCAAUAUGGAGGACAGAAAUUGACUUCCUGUAUUCUGACGUCAGAUCAUUAACCAGUGAUUUCCUCGCAAAAAAUAUCAGCGCCGUGGGAUUGGCCAACUUCACGGGUUAUUCUCCAGAAACUGCUUACAUCACUCCGAAUUUCCUCAACUUUGUGUUCGCGUUUGUGACGUUCGCAAUGCGUUACUCUGCAGUUUUCUGGUAUACAAACAAAACUCUCUCAUUUAUUUUCGCCAUUGAGCUUCUUUUCAUGACCUUUGAUUCAAUUUUUAUGUAUGCAGGAUUUUCUAUUUUGUACAAAUUAAGUUCAUCAUCAAACCGAUUCGAACACCCCCUUGACCUUAUUUUGAAUUCAAAUGGAAUUCUGGGAUUGUAUAUUGUGAGCGGUGUCGUUGUGUUUUUCUCGUCGUAUGUUGUGUUUGAAUACAGUGCUUAUCAUUUCAUGGAAAAAUUCAGGAAAGUGGACAGAAAACACAAUCCAGAUAAUUACAAAAACGAAUCUGUGAUUUCAAAAGGAACCUGUAAUGGGUAUUUCUCACAUUCGAGUGCUGUUGUGAUUUUUAUUUUACUGGCGGUCUUCCGUGGUCCUAUUUAUUAUGACGUUAUAGCAGUUUACCGUCUGACGUCAGACGGCUGUCUUUUGGCAUGCCUGGUAGUGGGUGUCUGCUACUUAGUCACGUGGAUUUUCUUGUGGACUUUAUUAACAAUCAAGCAGGAAUGGAUGUUCCGAAUUCUUGACUACGCCAACGUUGGUCAGCCGAUAUUUGUGAUAAAGAGCGACCGACUUUCAAAAACGAACUCCAUCUCGAUAGGUUCGGUUGAGCUUAAAGACAUGAGUCUGGACAGAAGGCGAGGACCAGGGUCUGUGCCGAGUAUUGACAUCACGCCGAGUGAGAGUGGAUUUGAUGAAUGUGAGGUAGGAUUAUCAUCAGAGGACGAUCGCUACGGAACAGCGUUAUCUCCCGUAAAUGAGGACAGUAUUGAAAAUGUCUUCCCUAAUGACGUUAUAGUGCGCAGAAAUCGACACAGACGAAGCGGACCGCGUUGCGUCACAUUCCACGACCCAGUGCGUCAUUCUCUUGGAAGUUUGUGUGACAGAGAUACUGGGCGGAGUCGAUCACCGGUUCAGGGCGAUAAUAAAGUUAACGUGGUGGCGGAUGUUCACCGCCUCGGGCCUCGGUCUCAGUUUCAGAGGCGGAGCUCGGAUCCGGAAAUGAAACAAGUAUCCAAAAGACGCCAUAACAACAUAAUGCUAGCUGCCAUGAGAAACAGCACAAUAAAUUCUGAAAAUAAGACUAAUGCUGACUAUUUGACAAAUAUAAAUGACUUGUCUACCAGUUCAGAUGAUAUUAGAAGUAAUGCAUCAGAGCCUCUUUUAAGUCGGCCAAUGAGAUCGUCCGAAAGUCGAAGGUGCGCUAGUCAAAUUGGCAAUAAAGCGCCAUCUGGUGAACUAUCUCCUUACAAACCUUCAAAUAUAGUUACAGCGGAAGAACUCACUUCGCCAAAGAGGAUAUCACAGAGUAAUGAAACGUCGAUGGACACGUCGCUAUCACUGACAGAGAGUGGGAUGGCGCAGUCAAAUGUAACAGACAUUACAGCAGUAUUGUCGGAAGACGAGUAUGAAAACUUUAAAGGUGCUAAGCAGCCUGAUAUAGUGCCAAACCAACAUUCUGGGUCACCCCACAGGGUUUACCCUAAACCUCAGACUUUCAUAUCGAACACGAAGGGAGUGUCGAGACGCGAUUCGGCGAACUACUCGAUGACGUCAUCACAAGAUACGUCUUCCAACGAUUCUGACCCCGUGCGACAGCCCGCUUUGUGCAGCCAAGUAUGACAAUUUUUUUCUGCAUGGUGGUGUGAGCAUUGCGAUCAUAGCUGUGUUAUUUAUAUAGAACUGUAGUGAAGCAAUUCGCGAGCAUGAACAAAAAUUAUUGUUUAUUGAUUGUUUUAUUUAUAUAUAACUAUUGCAAUAGUUUUUGCAUAUUCAAUUUGUAAAUAAGUUUUGAGUCUGAGUAAUGUAGUGUUUUGUUUUAUUUUCAGUGACUGAGAACAAACAUGAAAUUUUACGUUGUGUGACUUUCGUUCACAAAAUGUGAAAGUAGAAAAAAUAUA